AUGUCCAUUCCCCUCUUCUUAGUGUUCGCCUCCAUUUUACCAAUUACCUACACUUGGCCGUUGCCGAUCAAUGAGAACUCCAAUGGCAACAUACCACUACGCCGGCACAUGCUAGCUGGGAGCUGCGCCACCGGCAACCCGGUGGACGACUGCUGGCGGUGCGACCCCAGCUGGUCUGACAACCGGCAGCGCCUCGCCGACUGCGCCGUCGGGUUCGGCCGCAACGCCAUCGGUGGCAAGAACGGCAGGCUAUAUGUCGUGACGGACCCCGGCGACGACAAUCCAUUGUGGCCAUCUCCGGGCACGCUCCGUUACGGCCUCGCCCAGGACGAGCCCCUGUGGAUCGUAUUCGGCUGGGACAUGACGAUCCGCCCAAAGGUGGAGCUCGUCGUGAGCUCGUACAAGACCGUGGACGGCCGCGGCGCCCGCGUCGUGGUCGGCGAGGGCGGCGCGUGCUUCGCGGUGAACAACGUCAGCAACGUCAUUGUUGAUACUCUCAUCAUCCACGGCAUCACCAUGCGCGGUUGCAGUCCUACACCCAAGGUGGGAACAUACUACAACUUGUCGUUGCACUCUGAGUCGGACGGCGACGGCGUCAGCAUCAACCAUUCCAGGGACGUGUGGAUCGACCACUGCACGCUCGAGGCCUGCGCCGACGGCCUCAUAGACAUCACCGUGGCCUCCACAGCUGUGACCGUCUCCAACAGCCUCUUCACCAACCAUAACAAGGUUAUGCUCCUUGGGCACAGCGACGCCUUCUCCGAUGACAGGAGCAUGCAGGUCACCGUUGCGUUCAAUCGUUUCGGGCCAGGUCUUGUGCAGAGAAUGCCAAGGUGCCGGUUUGGAGUGUUCCACAUCGUCAACAAUGACUACGUGAACUGGGAGAUGUACGCCAUCGGUGGCAGUGCAUCCUCAGCCAUCCUUAGUCACGGCAACAGAUUUCAUGCUGACAGGAUGAAGGAGGUGACAAGACGGAAAGGCGAUGCGCCAGAGAGAGAGUGGCGGAACUGGACGUGGAUAUCGAACGGCGAUCUGAUGCUCAAUGGCGCCUUCUUCACCCCGUCGGGAAGACCGGGAUCUGAGCUGAAAGCCCCUAGUUUUGCAAAGUCUGCCUCUUCCGUGGCAACGAUGACUGCCUCCGCCGGGGCGCUCUCAUGUAACAACGGUUGUAUGUGCUGAAGAGCAGCAACUGAUCGCUUCUUUCCCUGUCCACAAACAGUUUCUAUUUUUUAGAUUUGCAAACAUAAUUUUCAGGAUUUCGAGUUAAGCUACGUUUGGGACGUAUUCCUCUAGGUCCCGA